AUGGCACCACAAUUGCACAUUGGCUCCAACACCAACACCACGUGGCCUGUCAUCUCCCUCAAACCAAGCUACAACUCAGUCAUCAGAGGAUGUCCGGGUCUCCCAGAGACACUGCCCCGAAUAGAAUGUCAAUUGCAAAUAAGAUCCAAUAACGGACAUUGCUUCACAAUUGAGAAAAUAGAGAUCGUCCUCAAGACCGUGGAAUCCAUCUUCCAUGGAUCCACCGCAUCAUCUCUCAUUUCUAAACCACCGCUCCCGACGUCCUCAUCCUCAUCAUCCUCAUCUGCUUCUUCAUCUUCAAGUAAAUUUGAAAAAAUAUCUACUCAUUAUAAGAAAAACGUUCUCAUAUCAUCCACGGAGAAAGAAUUAGUGGGAAUUGAUAUCCCGUUAACUAUUGCGUUGCCCGAUGACAUCAAGGAAACAAAUUAUAAUAAACAAUUCGGGAAAUGUGUAACCGUUCUGGAAUGUAACGUCACUUACGGAAACAAGGGCGCCAUUAAGUCAUUCAUGCAAUUGAUUAACGUGGAAAGGUAUGUCAUGCUCCCAUCCGCUACGCUGUUUCCCAAGAUUAAUAAACGAUCCCUGUCACCAGAUAAGAAAAUUAUCGUGACGUACUCUUUGGAAAAUCCAUGUGUCAGUAAUGAUGAUUUAUUGAGAUUGAAUUUGGACAUUAAACAAAAUUGUGAUCCAUCAUUACCAUUGAAUAAGAGGAAAAACUACAAGUUGAAAUCAAUACAUUUCCAAUUGAAGGAAACCAUGGAAGUAUAUUCUAAAAGUUCCACUUUUGAAGAACCAAGAGAAAAUAUUAUUUCCACUUCAUCAAACCAAUUGACAGAUCAGCUCAUAUCAAUGAAUGGGAUAAACUUAAAAUUUAACAUAAAGGUCUCGACAAAGGAUCCAUUGUUUAAGAACUUCCUUUCCACCAGCCAAGAACCGGCAUUCCUUUUCAAGUUACCCUCCUCCUCGUCUGCUGCCGCAGCAGCUGCAUCACCUUCAUAUCCAAUAAGGACAAAACUACUACAGAAUAAAUCCAAUGACAUACCGUUACAAUACCAUACUUCUAUCUCAACAAGGGGGAAAUUAUUUUCCGUCUCUCACUCCCUAGAAAUGAAGUUUAAACUGGCAAACGCAAAGGAUUUCCAACUAACUCAAAGGAUAGACGUCUCACCAUGGUCACCAACAAAGAUUAAAUAUAUAGAUCAAAUUAUUAAUAACGAAAAGAUGACGGCACAAUUCGCCACCAAGUUCUAUAAUAAUUUUGGAACGAUAAAGAAAAACUCACAUUCAGGGAAUUUGGAGUACCCUGUGCUACCACCUGUGAUCCACUACGAAAACGCUCAAGAAGCUGUACCUCUCAUAGAAUAA